AUGAUCUGCGGCGGUAGGAAAACCAAAUAUCAUUUUCUGGUUCUUGAACUGUUGGGCGACAAUCUGAAAGUGCUUAAAGCAAAAAGCCCGAAUCCUGAUUUAUUGACUGAUGGAACAUGGUCGAGGAUUGCGAUUCAGUGCUUGUACGAGUUUAAAACAAUGCACCACAGUGGAUUUGUUCACCGUGGUGUUAAGGAGAGCAACUUUGCAGUUGGUAUGAACUCUCUUUCCGAAUAUCAUAGACGACGUAUUCUUCUUUUUGACUUUGGACUUGCAAGAAAAUUUGUGAACCGGGCAAUAAAAGUUGAAACUACAAAAAAUUUCAAAAAGGGAAGUCAACCGAAGCAAGGACUGGCAAAGGUGGAUCACCAUGAUUUGGAGACUCCCGUGGGAGCCCAUCCGUGGUGUUUUGCCUGCCUACAUGCCUACUUUCUGUUUACCUACCAACGCAGCUCAGCUGCAUGCCUACAUCAAACCCAAAAGAAUCCUUCUCACUUCUCACCUGAGCAAGAGGAAAAGCUUAAAGAAAUUAAUAAGAUGCUCAAAGAAUGUCAUUAUUACGAUCAUCCAAACUAUGAUCUAGUGCAUUCAUUCUUCAAAGAUGUGAUGAUCAAGUCAGAAGUUAAUUGGGGUUCGGCAUACGACUGGGAAACCAACACGAAAUCGGAUGAGUUGUCGAAAGUUGUCAAAGCAAAGAAGGGAAAGAAGUAUGUGUGGGAAAAUCCUGGAGACUUUUUCAAGAUUGAUAAAUGGGCUCUUCUUGAUAAACCAAAGCUUCCGGCUAAACCUGCAAUGAAUAAGAAGCCAAAGUCCAAGACAAGACGCCAGGAUCUGAACAAAAAAUCCCCACAUUCAGGAGCAGACGGAUUAAGUCGAGAAGAUUCGAUCAAUGUUGACUCGAUGAAAAAAGAGAAAAGUGGAGGUGGCCCGAGUGUGAUGGAUUCGAAGAAAGAUUCUGAGAAAAAGUGA